CCACUUCGAUCGACGCAGAUCGAGCGACACCAGAGUCACGCCAAGUCACGUGACUACUCAGAUUAUGUAAUCGCGUCUUACGCUGCUCCGCGAAGUUUCCGAAGCUCAGUUACUUCGGAAUUCAGAUACACCAUGUCGCUCGCCGACUACCUCGCAAAGAACUACCUGACCGCCGACUCAGACAAAAAGUCCAAAAAGCGGAAGCGGAAGAACAAAGAUGGCCUCAAAAUCGACGACGACGACAUCUCUGGCUGGAACAAAGGCGGCGAGAGCGACGACGACGAUGCGCCGACAAUUGCCGGAAUGACCCUCUCAAGCAAAUCCAAAAAGAAGAAGAAAUCUAAACCCUCAGAAGGCGCCCCCGGCUGGACAACCGUAGGCGUCGCCGCACCCUCGACCGCCGCGCAAAUCGCCGCCGACGCAGCAGCCGCAGAUGCAAUCAUCGCCUCUACAGUAGCAGACCGCCAAAAUGCCGCGCAAGCCGAGGACGAAGCCCCCGAAAUGGUAGACACGGAAGGCGUGUUCCUUGAAUCCGGUGCGAAAGCCGGUCUCCAAACAGGCGCGCAGGUCGCAGCAGCCAUGAAGAAGAAACUGGAAGCAGAGAAGCGGGAGGCGGCCGAAGCAGCCAAAGACGGCGGGGCGGGCGAGACAAUCUACCGAGACGCCAGCGGACGAAUCAUCAACGUAGCCAUGAAGCGCGCAGAGGCCAGGAAGAAGUUGGAGGACGAGGAAAAGAAGAAACGGGAGCAGGAAAGAGCCGCUCGUGGCGACGUGCAGAAUGCGGAAGCUGUGAAGCGGAGACAGCAGUUGGAGGAUGCGAAGGGCGUCACGAUUGCUCGGUACGCGGAUGACGCGGAGCUCAACGACGAGCUCAAGGACCGAGACAGGUGGAACGACCCGGCUGCGGGGUUCGUUAAGAAGAAGAAAGCUGGGCGAAGCAUCACGGGGAAACCGCUGUACAAAGGUGGGUUUCAACCAAACCGGUACGGCAUACGGCCUGGCCAUCGAUGGGACGGCGUCGAUAGAGGCAAUGGGUUUGAGAGCGAAUGGUUCAAGAGUCGGAAUCGCAAGGCAAAUGUCGCAAAGAUGGAGUAUGCAUGGCAAAUGGACGAGUAAGAAGGAGCUGGCGGGAGCAAAAGUCACAACCACCUCGUAUCCAUCCAUCCAUCCAUCCACAUUCCCAUGAUCCAUACCUUUUUAUCCUGGCAGGCAUAGCGCGGCGUUGGUUAAUCACGGACAAAACAGUCUGAUUUCACGAUUCAUCACACAAAAAAUUACCUGUAGCUCACACUCUCACUUAUUGUUCUGUCGCUUGUCAUCCCGCACGCCUCAUCUCACUCGCCCCCACAAACAGGACAUCGUCAAACACAACCACCUACCUAAAUGCCCCCUUCCC